UCGUCUCUCGUGGUGGUGGUGGAUCUGGAACUUGCGUCGUCGCCUGGCAUGGCUGGCCGGCCCCCACUGAUUGCUUAAGCUGCAUCUCGCUUCUCUCCGCCCCCCCUCUCCCGCAGAUUCCUCGCUGCUUUGUUUCUCAUGUGAUGCAGCAGCUCAUUACCUAUCCUGCCUCACGAGACACACUGACUUCACAAGACCCCACAGAGAGAGAGAUAGAUCCAAAGAGAGCCGGUUUGACAGCGCUGGUGGCCCAACUGCUGUUACAAGCUCUCGUGUACGGUUCAUGCUUGUGGGGGUGAAGUGUUGGGGGAUGAGUCGACUUUAGCUGUGGUUGCAGAGGUGAUUUCAUGGUGGAGAAAUAGAGUUUGGAAGAAGCGGUUGUUGUGCGGUAGGAGGGAGUGGUUUUGACGGGGAGGAAAGAGGUCCAGAUCUUGAGGGGUAACGUUCUGGGGUGUGGUAGAUGUGGUGUGGUGCACGGGACGAGGUUGCCAGACUUGGGGGCUGAUGCCACGAGUGUCGUAGGGGAGAGCGCACAUGACUGGGUUCCAUUGAUCCGAGUGGAUGCGUUUCGAUUGUGCUUUUGGGGAGUUUGUUUACGGGGCUGAAUUUUGACAAGGUUGUGAGGAGAGGCGAACGUCGGUUCGUCAAGGAGCUUCCAAUUGUAUCAGUUGCCUCGUUUAGUCGCAUCUAUGUGGGUUGUAGUGGCGGAGUAUGGUUGUGGUUCUGUUCUUCGGAGGUUUCCUAGGGUGCUGGAGAGGUGAGGUCGUUUGUAGAUCAGUGGUUUUUUUGUGAAGAGUUCUUCCUGGUUCUGUCGCUUGCUAAUUCUGUCGUUUAGCUCCCUGAGAGUUUUCAUUAUGAAAGAAUGAAGGCACUCCGACCCUGCUUAGCGUUUUCUUGAGCUAGCGACUUUCAAUUCGGGGCUCUUUGGCAUAUUGAGAAGUCAAUGAAAGACCAUUGUCACCCUCUCUUCUGGGACACUCAAUCAAUGCAUAUGGUCCUGCUGGAAUUGUAGAUUCUCUGACCAAGAAUUUGCGUCUGUUCUUUCGGUAGGAGUUCAGCUGGAAUUGGGGAUACUGGGGGAUCUCGCAGUGCUACCUUUCUCGCAGUUCAAAACAGUGUGCUCACUCUCUCUGAGAGGUCUAUCGCGAAGUCUGGCGGUGCAGGAAGUGAGGUACAGCUCUGGGCAAUCACCUGUCUUCGAGUCUCUGGUGCGGGAUGAGUGCAGAGUUCAGUGACGACCAUAUCCUCUCCGAAAGCAAGUCACUUCCAUGGGCUUUGUGAAGAAGUUUUGAACUCCACCUCUGCAUUGGUCUCUUCGCGUGUCAUCAUCACCAUAUACUGUUCAAAGUCUUUGAGUCCAUAUUGACCACAGAAGUACCUUCUCUUCUUCAUGAAUCAGUUCGAGGCUGCCAAUUGAUUACCCAAGUUUCAAAGCUGCGACGUGGCCCGCUUUUCGUUAGACCUACUUCGUCUGCUUUGAGUGCAGACUCUUAGGGGUGGAGGUAGCUACUGUUUUCGCACACAGAACUGUGAAGCCCCAGGUAGGGCAAGUCACAAGAGUUGUUUGCGAAAGAGCCACUUCAGAAGUCCUAUAUUCCAGCUUGAGUAAAAUCUACGUCACGACGGUUGUGAAGCUCAGAGCUUAACUCUUUCAUGGUACUCUUUUCACAACUUCAGGCUUUUCUCCUACGAACAUUGCUCCACUAGAUUCCUUUUUUGCUCAUUCGGUGCCCGUACUAAGGCACUCUUACCUAUCCCGCAACCUCCUCAGGGUUUGCGUUGUCGUCUUUCAUGAAGUGGAUCAUGCGUCGUGGUACUGUAUAGAAGCUCCAGUUUCCGGAUUCCUGGGAUUUACCAUGUUCUUAGGGUGGCCUUCAAAGGCCGUGGCCAUGGUUAUCAGUAUGGAAGGCGUAGCAAUUUUUUUACCGCGACAUUGACAAUUGGAAGAAAGAAGACAAGCUACAAAUAUGGACAAUGGCGUACCAAGUCUUGUUGCUACAGUGAGUCCUCUACCAAAACCGAGUCUCGGUAUGAUUACACUGUUGAACCUGCACACACCACGUGGGUUGGAGGGAAAAGAAGGAGAGAGGGAUUUCCCAUCGAUGAGGAUGUGAAGGGUGUGAAGUCGUCUCGACAAGUGUAUGGGUUGCAGAAUGCUGUCGAUGACAGCAAUGAAGGCUUUCAGAAUAAUGUCCACUUUUCAGGACUUUCUGUAAAGAAUUUGAUGCGGAUGCAGCAGCAACAACAGCAGUUGACGAGUGAUGCUGCUGCCAUGGCACCUGUAGUAACGCAUUUAAACAUGCAACAAAGGGUUGAAGCGGCGGCAGCACUACAGGAUCUGCGAGGCAACAUCACCUUCCAACAACCUCAGUUGCAACAGCCCAUGAAGUAUGGUGUUCAGCAGCAGCAACAGCCACUUCCUCAAAUGCAGCAGCAGGUUAUGAAGCUCGACACCAGCUCACUCGGAGAUCCUAAUUGCCAACCGCCUCAAUCGCCCCUACCUGUUCCGCCACCACCGUACAUAAGAACUCCCCCGCUUCAUUCCGAAGCUGAUGUACACAAUGGCUCCCCUACAUCCUCUUCUUCCGGACCUUAUCCUAACUUGCCGAACAUGAGUGGCCCUCCGCGCACCUCCCAGCAAUGUAAUGCACCGAUUCAGCUACCAGAGCUUGAAAGUGACAGCUCUUAUUCCAGUUUGAUGCACCCAUCGCAAAGUAAUAUUUUGCCUCAUUCUAAAGCUAAGAAUGUCCAAAAUGGGCUUUUACAAACACAGCAGUCCCUCCAGUCAUCUCCGAGCGGAAUGUCCGCUCAACAGCUUAGAGGCCACUCUCCACAGAGUAGGAUGGCACAACAAGCUGAUCGAUCGAGUACCAUGCAUCCGACAGGCCACGGCUUGGAGGGUGAAAUGCCGCGACAGCCAGCUGAUCUAGCGGUCCUUAAUCCAGGCCUUCAAGCGCCUGGAAGCCUCGAUGUGUCCACCAGUAACCAAGGUAGUUUGCAAAAUGGGAACCUGCAUAAUCAAAAUGGCCAUGGAUCCCCUGGUCUUCCUCAGAACGGGAUGCUGAAUAGUGUAGCCUUUCAUCAUGGCGGCCGUUCAUUACCGGCAUGUGGGCUUCAGAAUGGAACCCGAAAUGGAAACAUCCAACAGCCAGGCGGGCAGGUGUUUUCGUCACGAGGGGACCCUGCUCGUGCAGGGGCUACUAUCCUGCAUCAAAAGGGUGGGCUUUCCAUGCCAAGCAGUGCGCAUCUUCAACAAGGUGUUCAAUCCGUUCAGAAUGCGAUGUCAAAUGUGGGUCACAAUGGGAUGAUGCAUCAACAAGGUGGUCUAAGAAUGCAGGAUGGUAUUGUUAUUCCAGCUGGACACAUGUCCAGUGUGGGUCCUCAAAAGCGUGGCCAUAGCGGCGCUAUUAUCCAUCAACCAGUGCAGGGUUUUUCCAGCAGCAUGCAGCAGCAGCAACAGACGGGAUUUCCUCCUCUGCUCCGUGACAUGCAGGUUAUGCAGCAAGUUCCAAAUAGUUGGUAUCCAUCUAUUCGGGACACAACCACUAUUUCUGAGACUCAGCCUAGCGUUAGCACAUCUCGAUUGCAGCACAGUAAGGUGGAACCAGUGGCAUACUCUGUGAAUAGUCCCAUGUACUCCUGUGUCACCGAACUCGGGAGUCAAAGGGGAAUAUCUACAGCCAUGUCCCAAAUCAAUCAAGUUCAAAAUGGCUACAGAGAUGUACUGCCGGACCAAGAUCUGAGGCAGCAAGUGUGUGGUUCCUCCUCAAAUAUGAUGGGCAAAGUCCUUCCUGUGCAAACUGAUCCUCAGGGGCGGAAAUUCUUGCAAGGAAAUAAUUUUUCUGCAACGUCGAGCUCAGGUGGUGAUAUGAGUUCAAAUUCUACAAUGAUAAAUGGAGCUUUUGAUGAUCCUACACUUCUGCAAAGAGCUUUUACAGGACCACAACCUAAGAUUACACGGAGCUACAUCAAGGUUUACAAGCUGGGCUCAAUUACAAGAGCGGUUGACGUCAAUCGCUUCAAAGACUACACGGAGUUGAGGUGCGAGUUGGCUCGCAUGUUCAAUCUGGAUGGCCAGCUGGAUCCCAAGGUUGGUUGGCAGUUAGUCUUCACUGACAAUGAAGAUGAUCUUCUUCUUGUUGGAGACGACCCCUGGGAGGAAUUUGUCCGAAAUGUUAGGGGCAUCCGCAUAUUGACUCCUGCUGAAGUUUACUACUAUACAAACGAGGACAAGUGCACUGCUGCUGCAUACAACCCUGCUGGAGGCAGUGCUCCGAAACCAAUGUAGACAGCCUAGUUACCUGUAGAUAGACUAUGUAUUUCUACUCAACAUCCAUCAGAUGGUUUGCCCGUGUGCGUGUUACAAACCGAUAGAUAUUACUGAGCUCGUCUUUCCUCAGAGUAAAGAGGUGAUUUGUCGAUUCAGCAGCAUCCACUUCGCUUGAACAUUCCAGCCUUCAAGAUUCAACUGCUCAUAGUUGAAGUUGGGUAAAGACUCUGGGGUAGUCUAAUCUCGGCGGGGAGCUAUGAUUCACUGUAUAGACUGAUGGAUAUGGAGCAAAUCAGGGGUUUUCUUCGAAGAGGGCAUCUGAAGUAGUUUUGUUACUCCCAAUUGUGGAAUGACGAUUUUGUAAUGUUGAGGGGGACGUGUAAAGCCUCCAAGACCGAAAAACCGCAUUGUAGCAACAACUUAGUCUGAAUGGGGAGGUAUGUGUUCACAUGGAUUCCAUUUCAUAAAUUUCUUUCCUCGGCCGGCAUUUUUUCAUCAAUUAGGUCCCUCGGUUGAUGCAGAGUUGAUGUAGGGAGCAGCUUUUCUCAUGUGCCUUAACAAAGGCUUGUAAUUCUUAACAUUUUAUCAUACAAAUCAAAAGGAGUUAUCCAAUUUGGCAGGUCACCACCUCAGUUCCUAUUGGAUAUGUGGGAUUUGAAA